UCAAUAACUGGUACAAUAUUCAAUCACUCGAAAUCAAUAGCUUCAAUUAAUAUGUUACAGGAUGUCAAUUCACUGCAAAAGGCUUUACUGGAGCAGCUUAGAAUAUCCGGAUCUUAUAUUUCGAAAUACGAAAAUUUUAAAUGGUUCAACCUGUCCCGCAAUGCCCUCGAUAUUACUUUAUCAGCUGAAGCACCGAGUGCAGAUACAUUUUACUUUCCUACUGCCAAUAAAAAAUUAAGAGGACAGCCGUGGGUAUCAGCAAAGGUUAAAAUUCAAGGACUUAAACUUGUAAAAUCAGAUUUAUUGGCUGGAAUUGUCUACCGAAAUUUGCCGCUAUUUUUCCCAUCCAAAUCAUUUUUAAGAGUUAGAGACGGAACAGAAAUUCAAUACCAGAUUAACUCGCAAAUUAUUACUUUCGUACCAUUAUCAUUAAAUCGGCACAGUCAAAGCCAGAAUGCUAACUUGAGCAUAGAUUUCCAGCAUCAACUAAACACCGUUAACAAAAAUGGCAGCAAUAAUGAAUGGCAACUGAGAUGUGGUUACGCAGAUAUAGAUUCUUUUGCGUUUUUCUGGGAUAUUUAUAAGUGUUCUGUUGUACAUACUAACGAUCAAAUGUCCACAUGUAUGUGUCCAAAAUUUGGAUCAUUUGCACUUAUGUUGGUUUUAACUGAUCCAGAGAAAGAAGUCACAUCAGAUGAACCACACAAAUACAUCCUAAUCAGCAGCUUUGCCAUUGGAAUUAUUCUAACUCUAUUCACUACCAUCAGUUUGAGUACUUCCUGCUUUCUUACCAAAAGUUCAUGUAUUACCUUCUUAAAGUUACAAUGCUCAAUAUCCAUUGUCUUUUGCGAACUCUUGUUCGCAAUUGCAAUUUUAUUGGAACCACCGCAGAAAUAA